UCCCCACCCCCUUCCCCACCGUCCCCAUCCCCAUCCAACCCGCAAACAAAGAUAUCACCCUACGUCCUAAAGCUACGCACCGCUCCUCCGAAAUUCAUCAACCACGCACCGAAAGCACAACCCGUGGCAGCACCCACCGGCCCCUACUUCUUCUACGGCACCCUCGCCGACCCCUCCCUGCUGGCGAAGAUCCUUGGCUUGGUCGACGGAACGCCGCAUCUUCGGCCUGCGUACCUCCUCGGCUACGCAUGUAAGCUGUGGGGCCAGUAUCCCGCCUUGGUGGAGGCAGAGCCGGGACCGGUGGUUCGGGGGUUUGUCUACGAGGUGCGCACGCGGGGGGAUGGCGAGAGGUUGGCGCUUUAUGAGACUGAGAAUUACCGGGCGGAGAGGUGUCGCAUCCAAUUCUUGGGUGGGGAGGGGAAGGGGGGCAGAGAGGAGUUGGGUUAUACGUUCAAGUUUGUGGGGGAUGCUGAGGAGCUCAGUGAGGGGGGUUUUGAUUUGGAGGUCUGGUUGAGGAGGAUGGGGAGGCGGGAUUGA